UGGGAAUUGUUAAAUCAAAUUAUUACUUUAUUGAAACCAUUUAAUGACACUACUACUUAUUUUAGCAGAUCAAACUAUGAUACUUUAUCUAUUAUAUACCCCUUAAUUCUGGCUCUUAAAUUUAUAUUCACUAGUACUAAGGUAGAAUAUAAUAAUUCUAAUAAUGAACAAG